GCCCAUCAUGGACGCCGGCGUCGUGGUCCUGGAGAUGGAGCGGCCCAUGUCGGCGGUGGCGGGGUGCACAUUUCUUGGGCCCCGCGAGGUGGGGCCUGCCGCCGGAUGGCUUCCCACAGGUCACGCACACGCGGCCGGGCUACCGGCUGGACCUGCGGCUGCUGACGGGCCGGCCGCCGUGGUACCGGCUCAACGCGGUGGCGAAUCACUCCUGGAGGCCCAACACCAAGAUGUGCGCCCAGGGCUCUGGCGUCUAUUGGGUCAGCCUCCGCUCGAUCAAGCGCGGCGAGGAGCUGACGUACUUCUACGGCCAGCCCGAUCCAUCGUGGAGCCGCGAGAUAUGA